UUUUCACGCGGGCAACUCUCAUUUCCGGGCUAACAGGGGCGGCGCUGCACGCUGCGGGCAGCCCUGGGUGCGCGGGGUGGCUAGGGGGGGCGCGCGCGCACAGCGGAGGUGGUCGAACUCGGUUGCUAGUGUCUUACUCCAAAACGCUAGCUCUGCUCGACGCGCUUUUGCAAGCCGUCCGUGCAGAGCCGUCAGUGAGCAUGCAUGUUCGAUUGGCACGUAUUGGCGCUCGCGCUGCUGCGCGCCUCUGCAGCCGUCGCCAGCUGUCAGCAGCGCGCAGGGCCAGCUCCACUGCAGCCUGCAGCGUCGUGGCAGCGGCCGUAGCGGUUGCCGCCGGGACGACGGUCGCUGCCUGCGCCUUCGACGAGUCGCCGCGAGACGCCUACGGCGGCAUCACGGUAAUAGUAAGAGAAACCGACGAUUUCGAGGCAGCACUCACAGCAUCACUGGACCGCUGGAGACGAGAUGGAGUACGAGGCGUCUGGCUGGAGGUGCCCGCGGCACUCGUGAAGUACCUGCCAUCAAUACUCGACCGCGGCUUUAGGUUGAGAGGCGGCGACGCGACCCAUGUGCUUUGCUGCGCGUGGCUGCCGGGCGGCGAAUCGCCCCUGCCGCCGGGGCCGACACACCAGGUUGGCGUCGGGGCAGUAGUGACAGACCGUGCGGGACGCCUACUCCUGGUCCAGGAGGCCGUCGGGCCGGCGCAGGGCCGCUGGAAGCUGCCGACCGGGCUCUGCGAGGCGAACGAAGACGUCGGCACCGCAGCGGCGCGGGAGGUCCGGGAGGAGACCGGAUUGGACGUGCGCCCCGCGGAGGUGCUCGCCGUGCGUCACAGCCACGGCUUCCACCGGGGCGUCUCGGACGUGUUCUUUUGCGUGCGAUGUGAGGUGAUUGACGAGGGCGCCGUUUUGACGCCGCAGCCCGGCGAGAUCGCACGGGUGGCGUGGCGUCCCGUCGCGGACGCGCACGAUGCGGCUACGCCUGCGUGGCGGCGCAUUUAUGACGUCGCUUCUACCGGUAGUGGCUUGCGCGCCGAUACGUAUCCGGGCCGCGCCGGGGCCACGGCGACGUGCAUCUACUCGUCGGGUUAGAACUGUUCCGGGCUG